UGACACUUUUGUUUAUUUAUUACUGUGUCAAUGUCCAUUUUGAAGCACGAUCAAAAUUUCUCCUCACAGACUGACGAUAAUGUCCUGAGUUUGAUAUCUUCAGCACGAUAUGCCUUGCAGAAUGACGAUUUUGAGACAGCGGAACAAGAUCUACACUUAGGUCUCGCUAUCAGUAACAACUUGGGAAAUUUUACACAAGUACCCUACAUCUAUGAUAUUUUAUCUGCUAUGGCAUUCUCGACGGGUAAGUUGGAAAAAGCAGCGAACAUUUUAGAAGAAGCUGUGAGGGAAUUAGUAACAUUAGGACAUCCAGAACAUGGCCAUCAUGUAACCGAUUUCAGAUUUCGUUUAGCACGCAUUUUUGGUUCUUUGGGAAAAUCGGAAAUUGCUGAGAAAGGUUUUCAAAAUUCUCUAGAGGUAUUGAGAAAAGAAGUGGAAAAGGGAAAUUCACAUCAUUCAAAGCUACAUUAUGCUAAUUUCCUGUUCAGAUAUGGUCUCUACAAAGUGCGCCAUACAGAAUAUUUAGAAGCCAAGGAAAUGCUAGAUAAGGCAUUGGAAUAUCUCCAGUUUAACGAGAUAAAACAAAUGCAUCUCCUGAAGUCAUUGUCCUGUACUUUAUCAGAUUUGUGUGGUAUCAUUGCAAAUGAUCAGAAAGCGUUGGCUAAUUUCGCUGAUAUCUUACCAUUUCUGAAGUUACCAGAAAUUUCUGAUGAUUCCAAUGAUUCCAUGAAACAAAUAGAUGGUUUGAAAGAAAUCGCCCUUCGAAAAUCAGAAAUGUAA